AUUUUUUAAAGUUAGGUAUUUGAUAUAAGUAAAUUAAUAAAAUAGCGAUGGCGAAUGAAAUCCAAUUAUUAAACAACAUAUCAUCGGAAGUUGAUGAAUCGAAGUUGAGAAUAUUUUUCACCAUUCAAUGCAGUAAAGCCCAGGCAUCUUUAUUAGCUAGAUUGAAAAACAAAAUAAAAGAGCAGAAAAAUGUUCUUAACUUUAUCACUGAGGGGAAUAAAAAGAUAGAAGUCGAAAUAAAAUUAGCUGAGCAAGAACUAAACAAUUUAAUUAUUGCUCAUAAUACUAUAAAAUCUGGAAAUAUAGAAACAAGAAAGGAGUUGUUGCUCAAACAUGAAGAAGAGGUGGAAUAUUCCAAAAGAAUAGAAGCAGGAGAAAAGAAAUAUGAACAACUUUGGUUGUCGAGUAAAGGCAGGUUUGAAAACCUACCUUUUGUUAAACUAUGUCUAGAUGGGAAGAAUAAGAUUCAGUUAAUAGAAAACAAUAUAAAUAAUCUUAGUAAUAAAUGUGCUGCUCUCUCUGAUGAAAUAAAAUUAAAGAAGCGCGCGGCACAAGAUCAUACCCAAAAACAUGUGAUCGAUCUUGCAAAAUUCAUCAUUAACGAUAGACCAAAAGUAUUAAAAAUGAUACAAGAGAGGAUUAAUGAAAUUCAAGACAUGACUAUAGAAAUAGAAAAAUUACAACAACCAAUGAUGGACAGCCAAUAUUCUAAAGUAAAAAUAAUAGAAUUAGAGGAAAAUUCACUACCAGAGAAGGCAGAGGACAACAAGAAAUUUGCCCAUGAUGAGAAUGACGCCAUUCUUAUGCCGAAACUACAACUUAUGGACAUCGACCUAGAUAUGCUAGGUGUUAAAUUAGAUCAGAUUAAAAAAAUUGAACUCAACGUGACACCGACUCCGGAAUAUAAAAUGAAUUCUCUUGGAUAUAAAAUGGACGUUGCGCAUUCUUCGACUACCUUCAAUAAUAAGUGGGAAUCGUAUUGCGAGCAAAAUAAAAGCUAUUCAGAUAGAAAGUUAAUCCAUAUUUUAGGCGAUAUCACUCUUGGGAGAAGUCAAACUCUCAACAUUAUUUCAAAAGUUGAUCCUAAUACCCUUCAAAAUGUCAAUACCAUUGGAUCACAUAAAACACCAGAACUUUUGAAAAUUUGUUCUCUACCUGAAGAAAAGGUAAACCAGUCAUUGAAAGAGAUAAAAGAAAAUGCUGACGAUAAUGAAGAGCAAAUUAAUGUGCAGUCGCACGCAAUUUUGGAUAAGAAGAAGAAAAAAGUCUCAUUUGAUUUAUCGAUGGAAAAUGUUCAAAACGAAUUAACUGAAAUACAAAAUAAUAUGGAUGUAAAUGCUGAAGAUGGGAAAAUUUAUGAAACUUUGAACAGUCGGGAUAUCAGCUUGGAGAGUGAUGAAGGCAAUGAUAAAUUAAAAGACAAAAUUCUUAUUUCUCAUAAACUUGAUACUACUCCGGAAUUCGUUUACGCUAAACAUUUGAUCAAUAAGAUGCCUGAAAACAAAAUUAUAACUUCUAAAUUUUUUGAUGCUACUAAAGUGUCUGAGCCUAAUGUCAUAUCCAAUGAGGCUGCAGAACAAAAUACAAAAAUACAGGAAAUAAAAGAAGACUGUUUUACCAAACCACAGAUUAUGUCCGAAAAUAAAACAUUUGUUGAAACAAACUCAAAGAUUGGUGAAGACCAACAAUCGAAAUUUCAAAUUAGUGGUCUAUUGUUUGACCAUUGUGGAUCACAAGUGAUACCCGAUUCCCUGAAUCUAUCUCUCAACGCUACUGGACUUGAUGUUGAUGACAGUUAUCCUCAAUGCUUAGAUUCAAGUGUUUUAUUAUCACCUAAAGCUGACAUGGCCAUGGAUGGAGCAAAUAUUACAGCCAUGCCUCAAGUUCCAGAUUUUAUGUCAGGUAUCCAUAAAACUGGAUCUUCAUUUUUUGAACGCUUAACAGAUGAUAAUAAACCCAACUCUAGUACUUCAAACACAGGAGGUAAUUUCAAUUUUAACUUCAGUGGUGAAGAAAAGAAAAAAGGGAGAGGAUUCUUUAGUAUGUUCUUUAAUAAAUAAAUGUUUGUUGUCAUUAGUCAAAGUAAAUAUAUAUGAUACAC